AUGAUGUCAUCUUUCGGUAGACGGUUAUAAGUACGGAAUGAUACGUGCAAUGGUAGUCUGAGCUUUCAUCUCAUAGUGAUCGAAGCGCUAAUAAAAAAAUAAUAACAAUCAUGUUCGUGCCAACAUUCGUAGUGCUUUUCACCCUUGCGAUAUAUCAGGUUGCGUCAGCGCCCGUUGACGGCAGGGUCGAAUUCGAUGGAUCAUACAAACGCCUGUACCUGCCUUACAUCCAAUCAGUAACCAAGGAUGGCACCAAAACAAUUCUGACAUCCCAAGACUUGCUAGACUUGAGCCAAAAGCUAAAAUCUGGAGAAGUACCGGUAACAACUACUCAUCAACUGAUUGGCAUCAAUGGGUUCAAUUACACGCUAUCUGACCAUCAAUUGCGACGCAUGGUGGACCAUGAAAUUGCAGCAAUCGUCGAUCCGAAGAAUCUCAACCAGCCAGGAUUUGGACAUUUAUUCAUCACCGUUGACAACAACGGGGUCGUACAGACUUUCAUCUACAAUUUGACUCUGCAAGAAGCUAUGGAGUUAGUUGAAAAAGAAGGUUAUCCGAACUCAUCCUCCAGUGAUUCUUAUCACCAAAAUAAACCUUCAACUGCCAGAGACGCUUCUUAAAUUUAAAUUCAAUCUUAACAAUGUACAGUGUGUAAAUUCAAUACGGGUGAAUAUUUAAACGGUGAUUAGCAUAGGACUUAACAAGUAUAUUGAGAUAAAUUAGAUAAAUUUUGCUAAGAAAUACAAUGAAAAUAUUAACCAUACAAAAUAAUUCGGGCCCAAUGUAAACCAACACACAAGUUACGAAAUACGAGCUAAUUAAAGUAACUGUCAACUCUUGUUUGCAUUUACUAUAAAAAGCUCGUAUCUCGCAAUGUCAUGUCAUGUUAUGUCUCGUAAUGUUUGCAGUACCUACAUUGAAUUUGCUGCUCGGUAAAUUUAUACAGAUAAACUCGGAUAAAUAAUUCUGUAUCUGGUUUAAUUUAUCGCCCGUAUUGGAUUUACACACUGUAUACCUACUCGUUAUUUCAGACUGAUAAUGAUAAUAACAAUAAUUUGUAUUUUUAUCAUUUAUAUUUUGUAUAAAAUGUAUUAAAGUAAUGAAACUUGUUGAUUGAA